AUGCUUAUCUUUUUUUUUCAAUAACUCCAAUGCUGCUUCUAACUCUAAUUAUAAUUUGUUUAAGAUGAGAGGGCAAAAUGUUUAGAUGGUACAUUAGGAUCUUAUUACUUUUAAUAAGGAUUUGAAAGUGGUUAGAAUAAGUUUAUCAUUUAUUUUGAGGGAGGAGAGUUUAUUUUAGGUAAUACUGAAGAAUAAUUUCUAAUGAAUGCGGUUGAAAAGACUAAAACUUAGCAAGGAAGUUCAUUAAAUAGAGCAAGUGCUUUUGAGUUUGAUGGAGUAUUUUCUAAGGAUAAAAUAAAAAAUUACUAUUUCCACAAUUGGAAUCUAAUCCAUAUCAAUUAUUGUGAUGGUGUUGGCUUCUAAGGGUAUAAAUCUGAUUAGGUUAUUUACUAAUCAAAUGUAUUGUAUUUUAGAGGUGAAUUAAUAAUAAGAAGCAUUUUUGACCAUUUUAUAACGAAAUUUUAAAAAGCUGAAAUAGUAAUAUUAUCAGGUUGUUCAGUUGGAGGGGUUGCAGCCCUGUAAUGGGAAUAGUACUUUAGUUCAUUGAUUCCAGAAAAGAUCUCGAUAUUAUGUGUUGCUGACUCAAGUAUUUUAUAUGAUAUGCAAUCAAUGAAUGGAUUUAAUUUAUUGUAGUAAUCGUUAAAGAUAAUGAAUUAUAUUGCUAAUAAUGAGACCUAAGUCCCUCAAAAGAAUUGUGCAUCUGAUUUUCCAAAUCAGAUUUGGAAAUGUUUUUAUUUCUAAAAUUUAAUGCAUUAUAUUUAACAACCAGUAUUUAUUAUCUAGCCCUUUUAUGAUAUAAGUUUUCUAUAUAAGUAUCUUGAAAUAAAAUGUAUAUAAGACUUAACACUAAACAACUGUUAGAAAAAUGAAAUGGAUUUUAUUGAUCAUGUUUUCUAAACAUUUCGCCAAGUGAUUAAAGAAUCGUUAACUAACAAUUCUAAUACAGGGUCUUUUGCUCCCAGUUGUAUUGCAGAUUGGUAUUUCUAAAGAUAAAACUAGCUUAUUUAUAAGUUAGUUAUCAUUUUCCCCUAAUUGGACAAUCCCUGA